AUGGUCUGGUCUGUGUUCAUGACUCUCUGUAGUUUCUCAUGGUUCUGGUGUCGAAACUGUGACUACCAACAAGAAGCUGAUAACAGCUGUAUCUAUGUCAACAAAAUCACACAUGAAGUGGAUGAAUUGACUCAAAUCAUAGCCGAUGUGGCACAGGAUCCCACACUGCCCAGAACAGAAGACCAUCCCUGCCCAAAAUGCGGACACAAAGAAGCUGUGUUUUUCCAGUCGCACAGUGCAAGAGCUGAGGAUGCAAUGAGGCUGUACUAUGUGUGCACAGCACCACACUGCGGCCAUCGUUGGACUGAGUGAGGACGCUGUGUUGCCCUGUGAGAUUUUGCUGUGUCGUUGUCAGACUGUACCACCUGUGACCUUUCUCAACAGUCAGGUUGUCAAUUCAUGGACAAUGUAAAACUGAGACAGAUAACUCAACUGUGUGGUAAUGUUUAUUUUUUUAAAGACAUAGUGUACUGGUUGCUCAUUUUGUAAAUACAAUAGUAAAUUUUUUUAAAAAGUUGGAA